AUGAUCAUAUCGAACGUCUCAAUCUUCAUGCCCUCAGUCCUAACUCUCAUCGGGAUUCCUGGCCUGGAGUCCAUUCAGCGUUGGAUCGGAAUUCCAUUCUGUGCCAUGUACCUCAUUGCUCUGACUGGGAAUUCUGCUCUUUUGGCAAUUAUCAAGCAUGAAAGAAGCCUGCAUAAGCCCAUGUACAUUUUUUUGGCUCUUUUAGGGGCCACAGACAUUUUACUCAGCACCUGCAUUCUCCCUAAAAUGUUAGGUAUUUUCUGGUUUCAUUUGUCAAAGAUUUCUUUUGAUGCUUGUCUUCUGCAGAUGUGGCUUAUUCACUCACUCCAGGCUACUGAAUCAGGUAUCCUGCUGGCAAUGGCCCUGGAUCGUUAUAUAGCCAUCUGUAACCCUUUAAGACAUGCCACUGUGUUUUCCCAACAACUUUUGACUCAAAUUGGUGUUGGAGUGACACUCAGGUCUAUUGUUCUUACAGUACCUUCUAUUAUGCUUAUCAAAUAUCGUCUUAAGCACUACCGAACUACAGUCAUCUCCCAUUCUUACUGUGAGCAUAUGGCACUUGUGAAGCUGGCAGUUGAAGAUAUCCGGAUCAACAAGAUCUAUGGUCUUUUUGUUGCCUUUGCCAUCUUAGGGUUUGACAUAAUUUUUAUCACCUUAUCUUAUGUUCGAAUCUUUAUAACAGUCUUUCAGCUGCCACAAAAAGAGGCACGAUUGAAGGCCUUUAAUACAUGCAUUGCCCACAUCUGUGUAUUUUUACAAUUCUACCUCCUUGCCUUCUUUUCUUUCUUCACUCAUAGGUUUGGUUCUCACAUACCACCAUAUGUUCACAUUCUCUUCUCAAACCUUUACCUGUUAGUCCCACCUUCUCUCAACCCUAUUGUCUAUGGAGUGAAGACCAAAGAAAUUCGUGAUCAUGUCAUAAAAAUAUUUUCUCCAAGAAAAGUUAAUUUUUAA